UAACUCGCUCUUCCCUAUCCAUCCUAUUCCUCCGCAACUCCUGCCACCAUGACUCGUUUCUUCUGCUGCGGAAGCUACUUCCCCGGCUACCCUUGCUACGGAACCAACUUCCACAGGUCCUUCAGAGCCACCCCCCUGAACUGCGUCGUGCCCCUGGGCUCUCCCCUGAACUAUGGUUACGGCUGCAAUGGCUACAGUUCCCUGGGCUACAGCUUUGGCGGUAGUAACCUGUACAACAGGGGCUGCUGCUACGGCGGCAGCUUUUUCAGGCCAUGGGGCUCGAACUCUGGCUUCGGCUACAGCACUUACUGAUGGACCCGCCGCUCCAGGCAUCUGCAGAACUCUCCCUCGAUUCUCGGUGUGCCAACCAGCCUGAAGAGCAGCGGCUGUCUUCCUGCCUCCAGCUGCACGUGGGAGAUCCGUCUUCCGUCUUCUUGCUGACUUCUUACUGAGCUCCUGGUCUUUGCCGAUGCUGAACAAGCCAUCCGGGCAUCUAAUCUUGAACUGAUCCCCACCUACAGCCAACGAGAGCAAGAUGUGUUUCUCCGACGCACCUAAAUUUUAGCCGUGAAGCAAGUAGUUCGCCUCUUCUAGUUGAUCUGCUCCUGUGUUAUUAAAUUCUAUGUUGACAUCAAUGUAUUACAGUUGGGUGUGGGUAGAAAGGGGUUCUGCUGUCAGUCUCUUAAUAAAUCUAUUUCAUUCAGCACA